GGAAGAACCCCAUUUGACCCCGGCAGUCAUCAGGAAGUCAUAAAUACCGUCUUUGUCGGCGAAAGUGAGAACAGAGGAACGAAAAAUCUGGGAACAGACAAUCCAAACUGGGCAGAAGGCUUUGACGGAAAGAUGCGAAAUUUUCCAAACAAAAAAGUAGAACCCCGGAGGGGCAUGGUUGUUUACGACGGUCCCAUCUCCGUAGAAAGAUGCCAGUUUAAGCGCUACGUGAGCCAGUACAACAAAGCCACAGCAGCCAUUGGGUUCCUCCUCGAAAACAAGUUCCAGAUUGCUCCAACAAGCAGGUUCCUUGAGGCAUCGUUUGACGACGUGACUCGCCGUGCAUGGCUUCAUCGCAUCCCAACUGGCUAUAUUUCCACUAAACCAGAUGGAGAUGGCGACAAAACUCAGAUUUUCCACGACGCGGACGGCUCCGUUAGUGGUUAUACAGACUCUUACGUCAUUCGAGCAGACAACUAUCUUCUCCGCCAUGAUGGGUGUGUAGAAAAACCCGAAUGGAAUUGCGUAGUCUGUAAAGGAUCAUAUUCACAGAUGUGGGUAAUACCGAUAAGCGAUAACCUUAUAAUGAGCAUGACUCGUACGGACCACCCAGACAAGCCUCUUGAAUUGGAGAAUCAAUCAGGAGGCACCAGCGCUAGUAAAUGGAAAAAAUAUCAGCCGUCCAUGUUAAUAGGACAAACCUACAUCAUCCACUGGAGCGAUACUGCGCCUGAAACCAUUUCUCUUCACCUUAUGAAUUUCAACAGGAACGACUAUAUCAUACUUGGACUCUGCUACCCCCUUGGGACAACAUUUGCUGAGAUCGAAUACAGAGCCAGAUGGACAAGCGGCACCCAAAAGAUCCUGACAGAAGUCCAGUCGUUGGAUAAAGUUAAAAAUGGCAAUGGUGACGUAUAUUACUGGGAUUCAGAAGUUGGACUAUUGUUCCUUAAAAUCAUUGCGCAAUACGACAGGGAAGGCUGGAACUACUGCUCCAACAUGGGAUGUGAGGUGGUCACGAUCGAUGCCACUGUACCAGAUGGCGCCACCAGCGUCUGCCCAGGAGCCUAUCCCAAGUACCAAGAAGAGCCUGUCAACAUUCCGAUUGCCUGAACGUGACAGUGACAGGAAACAGUUUGCCAAUAUAUAUAAUAAGCAGAUUGCUAAUAUAUUAACUAUAUAUACACAGAUUUUAAAACAAAGUUCAAACUGCGGUCUGUUUAACAUUCGAAUAAACUGUAUUGUCAGAUUAUGUACA